GCUGGUACAUGCAGUGGAUCAGCUGCCUUCAUUCAUGACUUCAUUUUUGAUAUACAAAGAGAUGCGGUGCAAUGUGGCUAGAUUGAAGCUAAACUUCAAAGCGUCAACCAUGGUCACCAGUUUAACUGUUUGAUAUGGUUUGAUGACAAAAUGACCUGGUUUAUAACCUGCAUCUUCACAUUGCUCCAAAUAUCUGUGAUUCCAUCUAAAGCAAUGCUCUCUCCCCCAAAUAACUUGAGUGUGGAUUUACUGGACUUUAAGGCUACAAUUGAAUGGCUUCCUGGACAAGAGAACCCACCUGGCACCAGAUAUACUUUGGAGUUUAUACUUGUUAAAAACAUGUCUGGAAGAAAGUGGAAUCAGUCUGCAAACUGCACUGACACAGCCAUGUUGAAGUGCGAGUUGACCUUUGACCGGCAACAUGACGACCUCUUUGAGAAUUACUUUGUGAGGGUCAAGACCACAUUUGAAGGAACAAGCUCCAGCUGGACAACUAUAUCGAAGUCUUUCCAGCCAUAUGGAGACUCUCGUCUGAGUUCCCCAGAUGUAAAAGUCUCAAUUGACCAACAGUCCAUUAACGUUACCUUCAGUCAUUGGCUGAAAUUAAAACCAGAUAUUAAACCCCUCCUGAAAUUUUACUUAUUCCUCUUUGAGAACAAUUCUAUCGGCGAAUCAAAGUUUGUAGCAAUGACAUCGACCUCAAAUUCCUUCUACACUUUUCCUGGUGUGCCUUCUGGCAAGAGCUACUGUGUUAACGUUUCUGCCAGUCAUCACCAGGCCACACGUAACGAGAACUUCAACACCACCAAAUGUAUCUUCCUGUCAGAUUCUUCUGGAAGCUCUUCGGUGGUAAAGGUGUACGUUGUGGCAAUGCUGCCGAUUAUGUUUUUAACUGGAAUUGUUUUGACGUUCAUUUGUCUUAACCACAUGAGGCCUAAAACCAAGAAUCUCCAUCUUCCAAAUUCUCUGUUCGUCAUUCCAGGAACUAAAAGGGUCCUAACACUGAACACUGUGGAAUUCCAAACAAUUACACUGACAUUGCAGAAGGUUGUUAUGAACACAGAGGACUGUGUUUCUGCAUUUAAGGAGGACAGCUCUAUUUUUUAUCACCAGAGAGAAGGCAUUACUAAAGUUAUAAUUUACCCACUGUCCAUCGUCAAUCAAGAACCUUUUAUCUACCUACCCAGUCCAGAUGAGGAGGACAAGAAUUUACGUCAGCAUUUACUAAAGUACAGCCUAGCUACUGAUAUGGGAAAGAUUGAAGAAAAUGUCAUAUCUGAUAAAUAUGAUGACAAUAUUUCUUCAACCUCUAACCUUUUGAGAUUUACCUUGCCUGACUUCCCACAAACGAUUACUGUGAACAAGCUUCUGAAGUCAGAAAUGGAUAGAGAUCGUGUAGAGGACAUGAUGAUGGAGAAUGAGACUUGUCCUCAGUCAUCAGGCUAUCCCUGUAGAGUAAUGUAUCUUGUGGAGGAUGAGGAGGAUGUGGAGGAUGACUUCCUGUUGCCCAAUUCUUUCUCAGACAGUGGAUAUGAACCAAGGCCAGAUCUAAAUUUGUUAUAAAAACUGGAGACAUUCAGUGACCUUUAGAUAAGAAGGCAGACAGUGAUCUGAAAUGAAUGGGUCAUCUUAUUCCAUAUAUCUGAACUGAAUGUUAAAAGACCCUUGAGGGGGAUCUAAGUAUCCUGAAUCAGUACUUCGGAAGGUGGAGCUUGCAACCCAGUAAAAUAAGACUAAAACAUGUGUCUUACACCUGAGCAACCAAAGUGAAAAUUUGAAAUUUGUUGACAAAGAGGUUCAGUGUGUAAAUCGUACAUAUUAUCUGAGCAUCUCACUGCAUUGGACACUGACAUACUGUACAAACAAGAUGUGGAGAAGAGCACCAAGAAAGUAAAUUCCAACGUCAACUUUGUGAGGAAACUUGCCGAAAAACCAGUAGGGGAGCUAACGAACAGACUACACACACUGCAACAUUGACCCUUGCCUGCUCAGAUAGCACAAAUACCAAAGUAGAUGUCAACUGAAGGAGCAUUCGGGUAAACCGAGCUACCUUGUUUCCCACUGCUUGCCAACUUUGUUCCACUUAACAUCAGCCAUGCACGUUUUCACUAUCGGGCCAGUGCGAGACAGGGCUAUCAACUGGUCAGCCGGAGCAAAUAGCCUCGGGCCUCGAGCAGCGAGACCAAAAUCGAUAUGCAUUCCCACCGUCGGGCCAAUGGCCCUGCAGGGUUGCCUUAAUACACCACCCUGGUGCCAACGUCACACACACCGCCCAUUUUACAAACAAGAGGGAAGCUCAAGGUGAAGUAUCAGACUCUGGAGACUAACUUGUCCUUAAAAUGAACACGGUUUGUUGCCUUAUUUUGGUCUUAGCUUGGUGGGAAGUUAGACCUGACUCCGCCUUUGACAUUGAACCUGCCUCAAUCCCCAGUUGGCCUUCUUUGGCCCAAGGGUAAUCGGCAGGCCAAAGGCACUUUGCCAUUAGCGCCGAGCAGACACGAUGAAGCACGGCUAUUUUUUUAGACAUAAAGUUGCAGCCAUACAUUACCUUGAGAGCUGUCGUUGACACAAGAACUCUUGCCCUUCCAGAUAUUUUCAAAUUUGGAACUUCUUCCUACACCUUUUUUGACACUCAGCCCAGCCAGUGGUCUGGUAGAAAGGUGUAGAGAAGUUUUUUUUUAUCUCAACCUUGCUGGUUAAUUGCCACCUUUUCGCUGAUUUAGCAUACAGAUUGCUCGGCUUCGAGCUGAGGCUCUGAGAGUGGGUCAUGUUGAACAGGCCUACCUCAUUCAUAAGUUGACAGUUGCAAUGUCUUAAUGUCAUUACGUUAGAUACAAAACAUCAAAGCAAAUAAAAGAUAUAUGUAUGAUCUCAGAACUAAUUAAAAUUUUCUGUGCUAUUUAUGUAUUUACUUCUAACCGUAUGGUGUUAAAAUUAUUUUUUGUGGAUAUAUGAAGUUGUUUCAUCUCAUUAACUAUGGUCCUAUACAUUUUGACAACCAGAAAGUUUCCAAAUACUUUGUCUUAAUUUUUAGCAGUACACCAAUGGAUUUUAUCCAUUAUUUCAAACCUAACAAACUAGAGGAAGACCGAUAUAUCUGCUUUGCAGAUUAAUCUGCUGAUAGUUGCUUUUUGGAACUAUAGAGUUAUGUGCAAAAAUCUAUGCUGAUAGUUGCACAUUUAUGUUGCUCUGUGGCCAGUACUGGGAGAAUCUACUGUUAAAAUGUCUUGAUUCUGCAGUAUAACAGCGGCCUCUAGGGAUGAAAUUAAAACAAUCACUAACACCUUUUUACAUUUAACUUUCAUCAUUGACAAUAUUCAUCCAUAUUUUUCUCUUCACUUCAAUGCAUAUUUGAUUAGAUAAUCAUGUGUUCUUAAUUGAAGCAAGGAUAUGCAAAGACCAAUGCAACAAUAUGGAAAUGUACCCCUGUCAGCACAUACAUCAGGUCUCCAACUUCAUAUCUUGUGAAUAAUAACCUUAUUCCUCAUUAAACCUCAUCUGGUGAAAUAUAAAAGUGUUUAUAUACACAUACACAUUACUACUUUCUGGUGAAUAUAUAGACUAUAAAAAACAAAUACAAUUAUUGUGACAAAGGCAAAUCCCUGUCAUUGCAAAAUAAGAGCCCUUUAUAUGUUUUGGGAUUGUUUACAGUUAAAGGUCCCCACAUUAUGCACCAUAUUGUAUUUUUGUUUUUGUUAUUAUUGGGGUUUUGGUUGAACAAUAAACUUCAUAUGGGAUUUUAUUCAUUUUGGACUUUUAAAAAUAUCUGCCAUUUCAGUUAUCAGACUUUUCCAUCACUUUGGUUAUCAGUAUUGACAAAACCUCUAUAACAAACUUGUUUUUGUGAGAAGUGUGUUUGUACUAUAAAUCUAUAAAAUCAAUGCCAAAAUAAUUGUUGUAUGAUGCAAAAACAUUCAUACAAUUUUAAGUGUUGCUUAAGUGUCCAAAUACAUGAGCUCACUGUAUAGAAGAUGAGUGUUACAAAAGGAUAGAUUUAUCAAAGCCUUUGGAAAAAAAUACAAUUCUGAUAUACAGUUGUAAUGAUCUGGGUAUUGUGGGGAAAAGCAUGUGCAAAGCACACCUAUUCAUUUCCUAAAACUUUUUUUUUAUUUAUUAUGUACAAUUGUUCUCGGUCCAUUUAGUUUGCAUUCUACUGCAAUAUGUAUAUACUGUACAUGAACGUAUUUUUGAACACACUGUAUACGUGUUCUUUGUAAAGUAUUCAACACUGUUUUAAAAAGGGUUAUGUAAAUAAAAUGUAUUACUAUGGGCCAUUGUGCUCAUGGGUAUGCAGAUUCGACUUAGUCAUGUGUAUAAAAU